UCUUGGUGUCUAUCAUCGGAGCAGCGACUCACAGCCUACUCUAUCUGAGCUAGCCGGGCGAGAGGAGAGGCAGAGCGUUGUUAUCCCAGUACCCAGACCGCACCGCACUGCAGAGACAGAGGAGAGGGCAGGGCUGCAGCCUUUGUUGAGACAGACGCACGGUGGCUUUUCUCCUUACUCAUCUGUAAAGGGAGGAGAGCGUGAAGGGCGAGGAAUAACAAACCCAGCAUCCAUCCAGCCUCCUCUUUUCUCUCUCCCUUUGUUUUCAGCAAAUAGACUGGCCUUACUUUGCAUUGCCUGUCUUUCUGGAGAGAGCUGCGUUGUUCCCAUUUGCCUCUCAGCCCUCUAUUCGCUGAGUCAUCAUGGCAGACCUGAUGGCCCAGCCCGACGCCCCGACUCCCACCACCGACAAGAUCACGCAGGCCGCCCGGGAGACCAUCUACCUGUGUAACUUCCGCGUGUCGGUGGACGGAGAAUGGCUCUGUCUCAGGGAGCUGAAUGACAUCUCCCUCACCCCAGACCCAGAGCCAGCCCACGAAGAUCCGAAGGACCCUAUAGCCAUUGAGCGGUUGAACCUGAUGAACAUGGCUAAGCUGAGCAUCAAGGGUCUGAUUGAGUCGGCCCUGAACCUGGGCAGGACCUUGGACUCUGACUACGCUCCGUUACAGCAGUUCUUCGUGGUCAUGGAGCACUGCCUCAAACACGGACUCAAAACCAAGAAGACGUUCCUGGGGCAGAACAAGUCUUUCUGGGGGGCCCUGGAGCUGGUGGAGAAACUCACCCCUGAGGCUGGAGAGAUCACCGCCAGCGUCAAGGACCUGCCAGGACUCAAAACCCCAUUAGGAAGAGGGCGGGCCUGGCUGCGAUUGGCCCUGAUGCAGAAGAAGCUGUCAGAUUACAUGAAGACCAUCAUCAACAGAAAGGACCUGCUCAGUGAGUUCUACGAGUCCAACGCUCUCAUGAUGGAGGAGGAAGGAGCCGUGAUCGCCGGACUGCUGGUUGGGUUGAACGUCAUCGAUGCUAAUCUCUGUAUGAAGGGAGAAGACCUCGACUCACAGGUCGGGGUGAUAGAUUUCUCCAUGUAUCUUAAGGAUGGUCAAAGCAGCAAGACGGCAGAAGGGGAUGGCCAGAUCACAGCCAUCCUGGACCAGAAGAACUAUGUUGAGGAGCUAAACAGACACCUGAGUGCUUCAGUCAACAACCUGCAGGCCAAAGUAGACGCUAUGGAGAAGUCCAACACCAAGCUCACUGAAGAGCUUGCAGUAGCCAACAACAGGAUCAUCACCCUACAAGAGGAUGUAGAACGAGUCAAGGAGGAGAGCUCCAACCAGUCCAGUCGCAAGGCAUCGCGGGCAGGGGACAGCUUGGCAGACGGUCAGGUGCUGGGGGAGGCACGCAAACAGCUCAAGGAGGAAACACAGCUACGAUUGGAUGUAGAGAAGGAGUUGGAGGUUCAGAUUGGUAUGAAGCAGGAGAUGGAGCUGUCUAUGAAGAUGUUAGAGACGGAUAUGUGUGAGAAACAGGAUGCUCUGGUUGAGCUACGACAACAGCUAGAAGACCUCAGGUCCCUCAACCAGCAACUUGCGCAGAAGUCCCAGAACUUGGAGGCGGGCGCCAAGCAGAAGAGUGAGGUCAUCAGUCGCCUGGAGGAGAAGACUAAUCAGAUGGCUGGAACUAUAAAACAGCUGGAGAGCAGUGAGAAAGACUGUGUGAAGCAGGCCAGAAGCUUGAGUUCCAAUGCAGGGAAACUGCUUCAGAAGCAACUAUAGGACUCUCCUCUCUUCCCUUUCUCCCCCCACAAUGACACCCACAUCAUAGUUUCAGAAAUCUGAUUCCCAAUCGAAACAUAAAACCAACCUUUGCAUAAUAUAGAAAUGACUAAGCUAGGGUAUUUAUUUUGAUAUGAUAUCUGUUGCGGUUAAACCUUUUCAUUUCUAACUGUUAAACAAUCUUUUGUUUCCUAAAACUAAACUCUCCUUAAACAGUUUUCCUGACAGCAUUACUUUGAUUAGCAGCAUGGACUGGAGACAGGCUAGAGGGCACCAGAGAGAGGCUAUCUUUCUGUUGUACUGAGACAGGCUAGAGGGGGCCAGAGAGAGGCUAUCUUUCUGUUGUACUGAGACAGGCUAGAGGACUGUUGGACUAGCAGUGCAGGGUGACUCCACUCACAGUACUACAUCUUUCUGUGUUAAUAAAGACAUCAGACCCACAGCUGUAAUGAAUGUUCCCCGAUAAGAGGUUUGGGAUGUCUGCCAUUUUAGUAAGAGAGAGGUUACUGUUCUGAAAACUCUAAAUAUUUGCUAUUUCUUGAACAUCAACACACGCAGACGCCCCCUACAGUGGCAUACCGUAGGUCCUUAGACCAGCCCAAUGCUGCGUACAGCUUGUCCUUAGACCAUACAGACAUACGUGCUUAACCAGCCACUGAGCAGCCCUCUUUCUCACCCCAUGGUUAAUAAAGGUCUGGCCUCCUGCACCGUUAAGUGAUAAUGCCUGAGAAGCCCGUGUUUGGAGGACAUAUUGGCACGGGUGUUGUUAGGCCCGAGACGAAGGUGAGGCAAACCGUGCCAAUAUGUCCUCCAAACACGGGCUUCUCAGGCAUUAUCACUUUUAUACAACAGGUUACCAACCUAUUCAAAUAACGAUUGACAUUUUCAUUAGAUUUAUUUUGAUAAAUGUAUUCAUACCGUUUCAUCUUUACACAAAUCUAGGGUUACUAUCCAAGCUGGCUGGUCGUUCGUUCUAUCAGUUCGGUUACCAGAGACGCGACCCAGUCGUUCAGUCGUUUUGUUCUGUAUCUAUGGAUGCAACACAGUCGUUCGAUCUCAAUGUUCUAUUGCCAUACUGGCUGGCAACGUUCUUGUCCUUUGCUUGCUAGCUAGCCAACUACGGCUAUCUUAGUCACAUCAAAAAGUGCAGCCAGAAUAACAGCAAAGUAGCUGUAUUUGCUUGUUUAAGUAGUUUUCUAGUGACCGUUAUUUGGAUACAUUCAUAAGAAUUAGCAAAAGAAGCGCGAUUUCGCCUGUCAAGGAAAAUGUGCUCACUCAUCAGGACACUGUUGUUCAAAGGAGCUAGCCAAAAACACAGCGAACAUAAUCACUUCAAAGCUGGAAAGACUGCGAACUAGCUGCACUUCGUUUGACCCGUUUUAUAUUAACAUUUGUUUGUAUAUAUCCAUAAGAAUCAUGCGGAUUCAUGACUUGGACUGGCUGAGUCCCGACCCCUACACUUUCAUUACAAUGGGGCAGCUGGAGAUGGCAUUUCUAUAUUGAAACAAUGUUGCAAAUGUCAGAGAGACAGACCGCAAGUUUUAUUAAAUCUCCGCUGUUGAAAACCAAUUGCUAGUUUAAAAGAAGUGGGAGAUAAUGUCUUGAUGCUUUUUACAGUGGAGAUCGGGUUUAUAAAUUGCCUGGCUGGGCUGAUGAGACAGUGGAUUGGUGCAGUCAGAUGGAACAGAGUAAAUAAUCAUUUUAACGUCAUAGAUUUAACCGGUGGUAACUUGUGGAAUAGACACCGCCUGGAAUGCGGUUUUAAUCAAUCAGCAUUAGGCCCAACCCUAAUGUCAUGGUACGGUAUAAAGUACCGUACCAUGACAUCGGGACCAUACAGCACACCCAGUUUGUAGCUGUGCUUCCUUCACUAGUCUGACUCCAUACAGCUUUCUGUGGAACCAUGCUGUUGGCCACUCACUGCUGUAUGGAGCAGUGGCCUGGUCCCAGAUCAGUCUGUGCUGUAUGGAGCAGUAGCCUGGUCCCAGAUCAGUCUGUGCUGUAUGGAGCAGUAGCCUGGUCCCAGAUCAGUCUGUGCUGUAUGGAGCAGUAGCCUGGUCCCAGAUCAGUCUGUGCUGUAUGGAGCAGUAGCCUGGUCCCAGAUCAGUCUGUGCUGUAUGGAGCAGUAGCCUGGUCCCAGAUCAGUCUGUGCUGUAUGGAGCAGUAGCCUGGUCCCAGAUCAGUCUGUGCCCUAUGGAGCAGUAGCCUGGUCCCAGAUCAGUCUGUGGCUAAAAUAACAAGUCGGAGCGCGGAGCACACUUAAACGCAUCUAUCAUGUCAGGGUCUAUAAUAUGUGAAAAUGUGAAGGGUCAGUCCAGGACAGCAUGACUAUAAAGCAGUCCCAGAGCACAGCAAGGCUAAAUGACGUGUCUGUGGACGUCAACUGUAGUCAAUACUAGCAUAAUAAAAAGGAUUCAAUCAAA